GGCGGUGCCGACAUGGCGGCCUGGGCACGGGCGGUGCGGGGGCUGUUGCUGGAUAUCAGCGGGGUGCUGUACGACAGCGGCGGGGAGGGCGGCGGGGUGCCCAUCGCCGGCUCGGCCGAGGCCGUGCGGAGAAUCAAGGCGUCCGGCCUAAAGCUGCGGUUCUGCACUAACGAAACACAAGCGACCCGAGAGAAAUUCGUGAAGAAGCUGCAGGGCCUGGGCUUUGACAUCUCUGUGGCUGAAGUCACCGCCCCAGCACCAGCAGCCUGCCGCCUUCUGAAGGAGCGUGGGCUGAGGCCACAUCUGCUCGUGCAUGAUGAUCUUGUCCCUGAAUUUGCUGACGUUGAUAAAACAAACCCAAACUGUGUGGUUAUCGGAGAUGCAGCAGAAAAUUUCUCCUAUGCAAACCUUAAUGAAGCUUUCAGAGUUCUGAUUGGAUUGGAGAAGCCUGUUUUGAUCUCCCUUGGAAAAGGACGCUACUAUAAAGAAACUGAUGGUCUGAAACUUGAUGUUGGAGCAUAUAUGAAGGCAUUAGAGUAUGCCUGUGAUGUUCAAGCUGAAGUAGUGGGAAAACCAGCAAAAGCGUUCUUUGAGUCAGCCCUAGCAGAAAUGGGAGUUCCACCAGAGCAGGCCAUCAUGAUUGGAGAUGAUAUCGUGAGCGAUGUCGGAGGCGCCCAGCAGUGCGGGAUGAGGGCAGUGCAGGUGCGGACGGGGAAGUACAGAACUCGAGGAGGAGGCAGUGCGAAGAGGCAUGGCAAGAAACAGGGAUGGCCAAAUGAAGUAAGUUGGAGGAAAAAACACAACAUGAUGGUUCCCAAGAACAGAUCAGAGAGCCCAGGACCAUUCAAGUGUUAUAAGAGCUGGGAAACUGAGGAAAGAGCUUCAAUGGGAGAUAAAAAGGAUAUUCCCAUAUGACAUUUUAUAGCAUGAUAGAAUAAGAUUUGCCAGGUACUUGAAGUAUCAGCAUUAGUGGGUUUUUUGUUCACAGGGGUCAGAUGACCUCCUUGUGGUUGGAUUUGAUGAUCUUUAAGUCUUUUCCAACCUGAGCAAUUCUAUAAUCCUGUGAUCCUAUGAGCAUGUUUUCAGAGUGCUGCUGUGCCGUGGUGAACCUUCUGUCCCGAAGAUAUUUGCACAUCAUGUGCAGCUUUGGGAAGGUUUCUUUGCACAGGAAACCAACAUCCACUUUGCAGCACCUGAGGACCCUGCCCCAGCAGCCAGUCCGUGUGCAUCAGCUCUCACAUGCAGUCCCAUAAGACAGGGAGAAUUUGGCUUUGCAUGCACUAAGGAAUGAAAGAAUAAAUAAAUAAUCUUUCUUGGCCUUUGCAAUUCGCCAUUUAUAGUCAUGCAACAAAAUCCUGCAUUCUGGUUUUCAGAGAGCCUGGGGAUGGCUCCAGGCAGGGGAGCCUCUCCAUCACUGGGGUGGGAGCUUUGUCUGGGCACAGGGCAACAUCUGCCUGGUGGGAAAAGCUAAAAGGAGCCCAAUCUCUGUGAAAGCCACAGGGAAGCCAUCCAACAGCAGCUCCCUUUCGAGUUAUCCUUGUCUGGUUUCCACAUUGCUCAGAAAUAUAUGAACAGAAAGGCCAAAAGGGCUUGUGUGAGGGCAGCACGAGUCCUCUGUUUGGCUCACAAAAGGGUUGAACCGUGGUCCCAUGGGUUGAUUGGGCUCACUGCAUCUAUUAGGUAGGUCUGGCUUUUGAGCAAGAUUCACCUGCGUGUUUCAUUGAAAAAAAAAGAAAAAAAAAAGCCACUUUAAAAUGAUGAAAUAGUAAAAGAAACAUCCGUUCACAUUGCUGUUUUGCAGAUGGUCAUACUUGACACUCUUGGGAAAGAGGAGCUUGUUUUAGCUUUUCAGAGAGCUGUACUUGCUUUAUUUGGUGCGUGCAUGUGCCUGGGUUGAGUUAUCUCAGCCAAAGUGAAGUUCCUUUGCUUUGUUUCUUUUUUGUCAUUUUUAGCAUCUCAUUUCUGGGGCUGUGAGAACAGCCACCCAUGGUGACUUCUGUUCAACACUUGAAGAUAGUUUUCAGCUCAUCUGUUUUCAGUAAAUCACCUAAGAACAGGCUGCCCAGAGAGGCUGAGAGGAUGGAUGCCCCGUCCAUCCCUGGAGGUGUUCAAGGCCAGGUUGGAUGGGGCCCUGGGCAACCUGGUCUGGUAUUAGACAUGGAGGUUGGUGGCCUCGCAUGCAGCAGGGGGUUGGAGCUUCAUGAUCCCUGAGGUCCCUUCCAACCCAAGCCAUUCUAUGGUUCUGUGAUUCUAUGAUUCUAUGAUUAAGCAUGCACUCAUCUUUAACAAAGCUGAAAUCUCAUCCCCUAACAGAAGGACAAGCUCAAGGAUCUUGCUGAGAAAGGAGAGAUGUGCCGAGAUGCAUGGUUCAGUGUUCAGCCCAACUCCUUGAGAUAGCCAUCCUACAGAAUAAACUCCUUUACUUCUGGUUAGCUCUCUGUGUAAUCCACCAUUAGUACAAAAUGCAAUUAGCGAAUCGGGGCUUCACUGGAUCAUUUUCUCCCAUCCUUGCCCCAAAGCUUGAGCUGGGAAAGGUCUCAGGGAGGAGAUUGUCCAGCAGCAGAGCUGUUGAACAACACGUCCUGGCGCCCUGCUGUGCUCAGUGAGGAUGCCUGCUCAGAAGCAGAGGCUUUAGCUGCCCGAGCAGCGCAUUACUGCCCUUAUGAAUACCCCUCAUUGCUGCUCUCAUACGAACCCGGAUGGAAGGCUCUUUAUCUAAAACCAGAACUGCAUGAAAAUUAGCUGGGGCUGGGGAAGCAGCAUCUGUGUUAUCUUUUUCUUAACCCUGCUUUACCUCCUCUCAACAUGUAAAUCCUGUUGCUAAUGCGAUUUAAUGCACAGAAACCUCAGGAGCAAAAUCUGCAGAUUUUAGAGGGACUUAUAGCUCUGUUUCCUCAGUGAAUCGUAUCAUUCCUAUUCAGCUUGUUUUGCUGCGAUGUGCACCUAAGGUCGUGCAACUGUGAACCUUCCUAGUUCUCACCAGAGUCAUUCAGUGAUAUUUCUGUGCACAUAAAUGCACCCUAGCCAUAAGUAAAUGUAUCCCCUGUUGACAAGUACUUCCCACUGGUGCCUAUUACUCUGCCCUGGACAAUUGCAUUCCAAAAUCAAAGAGCUCUGCACGGGGACAUUGCAGACCUGUGCCCAUCUGAUGGAACCACUGGCUUUUAUUUUGUUUUGUUUUUUGGACACUUCCAUUUCUGGUUAUUGUUGCCCUGAAGUCCUGUCAUUUCAGACAUGGUUCUCUGGCCUUGAAUUUGACCAGCUCAUCUCCUUAGUCUGCACAUUGUUUACAAUGAGUGUUCAGAGUGUUGGGUUGCUUGGACAUGGCCACUUCUGGCUGCAGGCUCUCUCCUUUCUGGGGCUGCCAAUGUGAGCGAUGUUAUCUUACACUCGUGUGUUCACCCUACAUUGUUUUCUAUCCCUCCAGCUCUUGCCAGCUUAAUAGGACCGUAAUUAGGUUUACUCCCUGCAUAUUCCCCUCGGUGCUACCUACUCUCAGCCCUGCUCAUUGGGUGUUACACCUCCCAGAGGUGACAGGUUCAGCUCCCAGUGGGCUCUCUGUCUGUCUUGCACAGUCCUGCUAUGGACUUGCAAGUCAAGCAAGAAGGAUUUUUAAAUCAACUUCUGUAUUCUAACAUAAGCUUUCCUCCUUCUAUUAAUAUAGGGCACACUGAUGUAUGCAUAAUGGAGGACUCGAUAUACCAGAUAAGUACUAGUUUCUAACCUGGUGAACACAGCCAGUGCUCAAGGAAAGCUCUGUAAUGAGGUUGGUUUUGCCAAGAGCAGCCUGUUAAGCAAACAGGAGUGAGAUUAGUCUGGAACUGAAGUCUCUGAUGAUGGAGCGACGCUGGUGGCAGGGCUCAGCAGCCGGAAGGUGGUGGCAGGUUGAGAAAGGCUCUGCUGGCCCCCGACUCCAUUCCCAGGUGGUAGCUUGGGUUGAGAGAGCUGGACAGUGUUUUUUCCAAAGAACAAAUGUUAACAAGCUGCUGUGUCAGGAUCUAGAGGAAUAGGCAGGGACAAAAUACAGGCAGGUGGCUUUGAGUGACACAGACUGGGAUGCCUUGGGUGGGCAAAUUUUUGACAGCACCAUCCUGGUGAUGUAUCCAAGAGCCAGCCAUGGCACUAAGUGCACGUGUUGAGAGCUUGGCUUGUUUCAAGCAGGACCCAAAUGAGGUAUUUUGAUGACAGGAAGCCUUCAGUUCAAACUGGUCUAAGUAUCAUCCCAUAUGCUAGUUCACAGCACCCUGAAUCAUAACCACAAGCUCUUCCUGAACUCACACAUUCUCCUCCUCAACCAUGCCUUUGAGCAACUGCUGCUCUUACAGAGCACCUCCACCACUCUUCAGAGCUGCUUUGCAGAAGACCAGACAGGAGCUGCAUAUUGCUAGAUUCUCCUUGCAGCUAUGGGAAAGGCAGCCUGGAGAGCUCCAUCCAGCCCUGUGCCUCACGGGGCUUCUUUUGAGGGCUGGGGGAGCAACGAAACCAGUUGGGCUGUUUCUCUAAUAGCAAACCCUGACACCAAGUUAAAUAAAUGGGGCACCAGCCCGUCUGUGCCAGGCUGCCCAGGUGCUUGAGCUGUCCAAGUCUGCCCUGUGGUUUUGGGAUUCCCAUUCGAGAUGUUUGUAUUUCCCCCUGUAAGUACCCUUCUGAGCAUCCCUGGGAGAAAAGGGAUCACAGUCAUUAAAAGAGUCAUUUGAUAGCUGGAGAAGCCUCAGGCUUUUUGACUUUGUAAACGUGUCACUUCUAGUAGGAACUGAGUGGAGACAUCACCUAUAACAAAUAGCAUUUCCCUGCCUGGAGCAGUAUCCAGGGAAAGGGAAAAAACAGUGUACUUUGACUUAGAGAAGCACAGAAACAGGUGCUGCCAAAAGAGUGGAAGAAAUUAACUCCAGAUCUUUCCAGGGAUAAUGUCCCGUUUCCAAUCCCCUCUUCACUUGGCUUUAAAACCUUUGAUUAAAGUAGGUCAGUUCCUCCUUUCAGCAAUGCGAGCACCGGCGCAGGACCUGCAGGACUGCAGCAUUCCAGCCCUGUGGUCUCUGGAGCUCUGCCUUGUUCCCUGACCAGCUUUACCUAUCUCCCACUGAAGCACAAGCACUCAGCAGCUUUUCCCCGUGGCUGCUGGUAGCAGUGUGUGGUGUUUGCUCACUUUGUUGCAAGGUAACAAUGACUUUUCCUCUCCACACUUUGAAUCCAAAAGCAGGGGAGCGAGUGAUGGAGCAUGGAAAUCACAAUGUGGAUCUAUAUUCUGCCUGGUUUUGAGUGCACAAGGAAAUCUUAUCUGGAUGCAUCAUGGUAACACAAAUCCACUUGGAUGAAGAAGCAAAUUAAGUGCUGUGGGCUUAGACAACACAUACAUAUUUUCAACUAUUGGACCCCAAACAACCAUUAAAUCUCUUUUUGAUGGCUGAUGAAUGUUACACAUUUUUGUUUUAAUUAGAACAAGAUUGUAAUCCAUACUUCAGUUGAGUUCAUUACACGUAUAAACCUAAUACAAUCAGGAGAUCAAUUGGUCAUUAGCUAAGUAAGUCUACUGUAAUUAACAUUUACAGAAAACUUUUAAUUGCGUAUCUGUCCUUCACAGCAGGUAAUGUGGGAAGUGGGGCUUUCUUCCCUUCCACUGCUGGUGUAGUGGAAUCCAUUGGCAGGGAAUGUACUGUGUGUCCUUGGCUUGUGACCAGUUAAACUCUGUUUACAAGAGCUAGCUGGAAAAGACAGCAGCUGCACCAAAGGCACCAAACCACAGAGAGCUUCCUGAUAUUGCCCAUCCUCCCUCAGGGCAGCUGGCGGAGCUGGAUGGGCUGGAUGAGCAUCCUCCUGCUCUCGUCGAGACCACGAUGGCAAACUCCAACCAGAUGGGUGCAGUGGUUUCUCAAUGGAAAGUGGAGCUGGAGGAUGCUUGGGGAAGACCUUAUGGCUUCCUACAACUACCUGAAGGGAGGUUGAGUGAGUGCGGGUGAGCUUUUGCUUCACAGUGAUAGAAUGAGAGGUCAAGGCCUCAGGAGGGAAGGUUCAGGUUGGGUAUUAGGAACAAUUUAUUCUCUGAAAGAGCAGUGAGGCCGUGGCACAGCUGCCCAGGGAGUGUUGGGAUCACUGUCCCUGGUGGUGUUCCAGACCCAUAGGGAUGUGGCACUGAGGGACAUGGGCAGUGGGCAUGGUGGGGGUGGCUGGGCAUCUGAGAGGUGUUUUCCAAUCUGAAGGAUUCUGUGGUUCUAUGAUUUCACAUCCUGCUCUGCUGUGGCAUCCUGGCAUAGCACAGCAGAAGCUCAUGGGACAGCCUCAGCUAGUCAGUGAACCACGGGACAGCUGGAGCAGCAGCCAUCAUCCUCCCUGCUAAUUAGCACUCUGAAUUCAAUUAGUGUCAUCAGCCAAGCGGGAUCUGUCUGCUCCAGGGAUGCUCACAAAGAAAGAGCUCUCCCAGUGCUGCACCACAACACAGAAGGGCUUUAGUGGCCAUACUUGGGGUAGGCUGCAUGACAUGAGCUCACCUGGGAGAGAACAGCAGCAGUGCUGCGGUGUGGUGACACAGCAGCCCCUGUGCUCUGCUGGGUGGGCACUGGCACCCACACCGAGUGGCCUGGUAGGGGUCACAGAACAGCUGUGGCUUUUGGCUGAGCUGUGACAGCAAGAUGAUCCCUUUCACAGGGGGAAGCCCCUAAAUCUCUUCCAGAAUUGCUUCUCCACAGAUAAUAACAAAUAGUCCCUUCAUACUUAGUGACUGGGUAGUGCUGCUUUGGCCUCCCUGAGAAAAAUUAGCAUCCCUCCUCGAAGGGACAGAAUUAUGCUUCUUCCUUAUGCAGACUGCAUAAUUCACCAUAAUUUUAUUAUCUCUGUGCACUCAGAAAUACACCACAUGGCUCUUCUGUAAGUGGAGAAGAUAAGAGGCUAUACCAGCAUGAAUUUUCUUUAAUAAGAUUACACUAUGAUAAUAGGCUACUGGAAUAAUUUAGCUUCUAAUGAUUUUGUUCUUUCUUGCUUUCCCCAUGAUCAAGGGCAACAUGCAUUAAAGUUGCAGAGGCUUUUUUAAUUAUGCAGUAGUAAGUAUGUAUUUUGUGUAGCAGCUUUAAUGAUUCAAAGGGAAUUUUUGUUUUUGUGGGAAGUACUUAUUUGGUGUUGCCAUUUUCAAAGCCAUGCGUGUGUGAGCGCUCGUGGGCACGUGGUCUCAUUUCUGCAGUAUAUACCAGCCUUGUUUUUUUGUGGGGAAAAUCCAAGUGUUGAAACAUAACACGGCCAACCGAGCUGUCUGGGAGGGGAUCAAACUUGUGAUGCCUUAAUGUGAUUUAAAAGUAUAUAUUGAACAUUGUGAACGGCUUCUUUGCGCGGAUGAGUUGCCCAACAUCAGGCAUUCAAAUCAUGAAACAUUGGCUUGCCUCCCUCGGGGCCUCAGUUUCCCAUCAGAAAAACAAAUGGAAGAGUGGUUGGGACUUCUAACCUGCCUGAGAGCUUCUCCCACCCAGUUCAUAUUGCAGCACGGGAGCGCCAAGAGGUUUUGUUCCCUGAUGUUUGCAAAGCUCUGUAAGAUCUUUAAAGAAGGAAAGCCAAGUAUUAUUUUAACAUUCCUCUGCUGAUUCCCAGGGGCACUGCUGGGUAACUGCUGUCACCUGGAUUACAUCCAGUCCUGGGAGAGUAAUGGGAGCUGCAGUCCCACCUGGCACUGAUGGCUUUUCUCUCCAUGUUUGUUUGCCCUUCAGUGCUAUCUGAACCAACCCUGCUACAUGUCAGCCUCCCUCAAAUCGCCCCUUUCUGGCCCAAAUACAGCUUAAUUUGCUCUGAUUUGAACAAUGGCUCUUCAGUUUAAUUUAUAUCAACGCAGUUCCUGCCUUAAGCUGGGAGGGUGGAGGCUUGAGUGUCACCCAAUCCAUCAGUCAGAGCCGGAUGUCGCUUUGCAAUUAAUAGAUGGUUUGUACAGACUGGAGUGGAAGGAAGCAGAACUCUGUGCUCAAACACUUUUGAGGUUUCCCUGUUUGUUUCCUCUUGAAAGACUUCUCGCAGAGACAUGCCCCCCACAGUCAUGUCUUCCUGGGGAAGAACAGCUGCCUUAGCUGACGUCAUCCAGAGGGCAGAAUCCACACCAGCUGGCAAACGGUGGUCAGCAUUUAUCCCUUCUCCAAGGGCCUCUCCAGGUCCACGUGGAGAAGGGGAAGAGAGGUGUCCAAACUUUGGAGCCCUGUAAACGAUGAGGGAUUCUCAGCAGAUGAUAUUUGCAAGGCAUGAUGGUGGGGAAUGUAUUCCAGCUGGGAUUGGGUGUUUGGGGACUGAUGGAGGGCAACCUCCUUUCAAGCAUCAUCCUGCUGUGCUUGCUAGGGGGAGGGUUGUGUAACCCGGCCCUGGGAAAUGCAUUAGCUGCUUGAGCUCUGCCUGCACGGGGUCUCUCACUCCUUUUCCAGCAGAUGGGAAAUAGGAGCAGAAGUUUUCCAGCUGGAAGAGGCAGUGGAAUUGUGGAUCUGGGGAAUAGGAAAGGAGUGAGAGAGCUGUCCUUCUCACACAGCAGUGGUGGCAAAAGCCUUUCUCUGCUACCCUUAACCCCAUCUGGCAAGGGUAGAGCUCAGUGAGCACGUCCUGCAGCCAUUCCCCUGCCAACAACUCCAAACUGAGCCCUUCAGUUAGGAGCUGGCUUUUCACUUGCAGCUUAUCUGGAAAGCUAAAUCGGAGCCCAGAUGGCUUAGAAAACCCCAACGAGGUCCAACCUGGACACGACUCUUGCCAUGCACAUUCCCAUGCUCUUUCAGCAGGCUGGGGCCUCUCUGCCAAGUGUGAUUUCAGAGGAAGCUUGGAAGGAAAGCCCGGCCCCUCUGUUAUCCCUUCUUCAGAGAACGUCUGGUGCCCGUGCCAUGGGCAGAAUAGCUGAGAGAAAGGGCUUUCGUGGAGCUGGGAGCCAGGUCCCCCUGUCCUAGGAUGUGCCCUCUUCCUCCAUGAAUCACUCCAUAAUUGAGAUUAAGACUCUUGAGGACAAAGGGGACGAAACAGCUGCCUCUCAGAGCUGUUAUUCUGCUCCCUGUCAUCGUUUGUUUUGUUCAUAGGUCUGCAGGCAUGUUUUGUGUGCUUUCAUCCCUGAGUUCCGCUGCAUUAUUUCGGGGCAUUGGUAUGCAUACCUGCACGGGGUAGGACUGCCACUGCUCCCGAAUGUGGAUGCAUGUCAGAAGCAAAGCAGUUUAUGUGUGUAUACAUCUUCAUAGCCUCCAGGUAAGCCAAAACCCACGGCAAGCUGGAAUGUUAAAAUAUAUCCUUCACUUUGCCAAGAGGGAUGGAUGCUCAGGGACUGUGAAAGUGCCCGAGGAACCAAACCUGUCCUGGGAUGCUGAUACCUCUGCUGCUGGCUGCAUUGCUGCACACGCCAGGAGCUCAGAGGUGGCUUUGCAAGGUGCAGUGCUUGCAGCAAGCACACGUGUGUGCUCAGAGCGAGAGCCGGGCGCCUGUGGUGUGGGGCUGAGCUGCUGGCAGCCGGAGCGCUUCCUCCUCCCAACUCGCUGGAAAACAUGACUUCUAAUUAAAGCCAGAUUAUUAGUCUUGGCCUCUAUUGUUAGCGUUUGCAUUUGGGGUUUUCUUUUUUUUUUUCUAGUCCCUUUAAAAUGUCUGGAUAGAUGCUAUCAAGGUCGAUUUGUUUGCGAUAGAGGAAACGCUUUCACACGGCGGCUAAAUGUUGUCGGAAAAGAGCAAAAUUAAUAGCUGCUGGCUUAAUCCUGAUUAAACUGGCAGCUGGGAGAUAUUGAUCAGCAUGUUCACAGCAAACGAUCCACCUCUAAUUCACACAGUCAACGAGCGGAGGGCUCCAGUUGCCUUAAACCGUCCCUGUGUGCUGGCCAGCUUGACUGACAGCAGGAUUCCCAGCCUAUCUGCACACCUCACGCCUCGUGCCACGUGCUGUGCUGCACUGUUAGGAAAUGGUCGUGCAGGUGGCUUUGGUCUGGCAGUAAGUGAAUCUUGGACCCGUUCCCAGGUUUGCUCUGUGUAAGAACUCUGCUGCUGCUUCCACUGCUGCCGGCUCUUUUCCCACCCGUCUUUUUUUGCUUCUGCCGUCGGAUUUUUGGGGAUGGGUUGCAGGAGGAUGCACUCAGCUUCCCAGCCCACCUGUUUGAUUGUGCUCUGACCCCCAAAGUGUCAUAAACCAGAAAGUGCCAGGAGAGGGGAGGAGGAUCAACCCGCCCGACUUUCCAGCUCAGGUGCUUUGUUAUUCUCCCCAAACACAUGUUCCACAUUAGAGGUCAUGCAUUCUCACUGUGGACACUGCCAGGCUGUGUUUCCAAGCAAAACAAAUCGCUUUGUCUUAAAUAUUCAUAAGGUCGCUGUGUUUUUUGGGCCUUAGAUGCUGCACUAUGGUUGGCUUUCUUGAUUUUUGCCUCUGAUGACCAAGUUACAAUCCCAGAAUCAUUAAGUUUGGAAAAAGACCUCUAAAAUCACCAACCCCAGCCCAUCCUCACUAUGCCCACUGCCCACAUCCCUCAGUGCCACAUCUCUGUGGCUCUGGAACACCUCCAGGAAUGCCAGUGCAUCACAGCUCUUUCUGAGAACAAAUUGCUCCCAUCACCCGACCUGAACCUCCCCCCGUGUGCACCGAGUGCUGUGCCACCCUUCCCAGAUCUUUGGGCAGAGGGAUGUGAGAAGCAUUUCUUCCCCAAACUGUGCUUCAGGGUGGCAUCAGAUUUCACAUUUGUUUUUCUGCAAAGUGCUAUUUUUACAUUACUAGGCUUCCUGUGAGGUUUAAUCCUGUGACAUUUCGGCCUUCUCAUAGAAUAGCUGGCAAGGGGAAUUUAUAAGACGCUGAUACUAAUAACAGCAGGACCAGUGGCUGCUCCUUGUGUCUAUCGUAUUAGGAUUGUGCAGAUGACAGGAGGAAAUUUGCCUCUGGACUCAGGACCCAGUACACCUGACCUUUUACCCAAAGCCCAAACUGGAGAUAAGUGACCCUGAGCACCUGAGCUGAGCUGCCACUGGCACACAGCUCCCAACAUGACCAAGUGGUGACAUCCAUCUUCAAUGCUUCUCCAUGUGGACACAUGGCCAUGGCUCCCAUGCUAGAACACCCAGCAGCAGUGAUCCCCCAUGUCACUGAUCCCCCCCAGCCUCCAGGCCAUGCUCCUGCCCAGUUUUCUUGCACGCAUGGUCAGAAAUGUGCUUUCCAUGAAGGUAUCAGCUCUAUGGCAGCUCAAUGAUCGUCAUGGGUCCCUUCCAGCUUGGGGCAUUUUAUGAUCCUACAGUAUCUAGUUUUAUCCUCGGAAAAGCCUCAUGUAAAACUGUUGUUGGUGUUACCAUAACCAUGGUGAGUCUCAUCUAGAAUUCCUUCUUCACGGUGGAUCUCAACGCUGAUCCACUUGCACAGCACUUCUGGAAAAGAUCAGUGUUUAUUUCUCCAAUGUCAGAUGACAAACUAUUUUUCCACUGAGCAAGAAAGAGGCACAGAAGGAAGUGACCUCCCCAGUACCUCCGGCAGCACCGCAGCCAGAAAUAGCAGCUGGCCCUCCCUGUGCUCACAUCCACCCCUGCUCUGCUCCUGUACCGUUCACCUCGCGUUGGAUGGGAUGGGGAUUCCUCACCCUCCCAGGUAUCCAAACAGAGAUAUUUCUCCAGAUGUUCCUCCUCGUGGCACGUGACAGCCUUGCUUGAAUGUCCAUUGUAUGUUAUAAAGAUAGGCACUAUUAUAAUCGCUGUCCUUGGGCAAACAAGCUCAGGCUUCCUGUUUUCCUUGUCAACCUUAUUUCUCCAAAUGUUCUCCUGUAGGUGCAUCACACAAUAGCUGACUUUCAGCCUACACUUGUAUCCUCUGCCAUCUGGUCUGGAUGAUAGAUUGCGGUUGGAUGGCUUCUCUCCAGGAUGCUGACCAUCCCUUAUGUGUGAGCACAGGGCCAACUCAUCCUCCUUGCAUCCAAAUUUAGGAAACGAGUGCAUUAGCAGCAGAUGAGACACGGAGCACCAACAUAUGAAACCUAUCUGCCAUAGGUGAGGGGAGUUAACCUGUUUAACAGCUGGGGACACAGGCAUAAAUCAGAAGCCUUGGCAAAGUGAUGGAGCUCUGGCUUUACUGUGGAGUAUGGCUGUUCUCUUUUUCACACAGCAGAGACUGUUCUCAUCUCUGAGAUUUUAGGCUGUUUGUACAUUCAGGCUUUGGUGUCCUUUCUGCUCUCCUUGUUUGGUUGCUUCACCCUGUUCUCUUUUGGCAGCAUGCUUUGGUCUCAGAAAGCACAGUGUUGGCAAAUGCUCGUUCUGUCACUCCACAGGGGACACGACUUCUGCAAGGAAUAUUUUAGCAUAUUUGCAAUUGAAUUUUCUUCAUUCCAGCCUGGACAUGUACAGCUUUUCUUUGCUGGCUAUUCAGUCAUUGAGCACUUGUAACUGACCACAGCAUUUUUAUACUCAGCAGAAUGCUUUCAGGUCCUGUUGAGGUGCCUGGUGAAUGGAGGGUGCGCUGACAAGCAGUGCCAAGAGCAUUCAUAUCUCUUGCUGCUCUUUACCUCUGAGUGUGGUGCCAGGAUUGAACUGAAAGAGUCUGCUCUUUCCAUAACCUGCAGCUGCCUGGGCAUUCUGGGCAUUGCAGGCACUGACAUCAGGCAGUGUUGUGGUAAUGAUAGAACCAUGAGAGCUGGAGAAGAUCUCUACGAUCCCCAGCCCACCCCCACCAUGCCCACUGCCCACGUCUCUCAGUGCCACAUCCCCACAGCUCUGGAACACCUCCAGGGAUGGUGACCCCACCACCUCCCCCAGCCUGUGCCAGUACCUCAUCACUUUUUCAGAGAAGAAAUUGUUCCUAAUACCCAACCUGAACCUCCCCACAUGCAACUUAGGGCCACUACCUCUCGUCCUACCACCUGGGAGAAGAGUUCUCCUAUGUUCUCCUAUGGUAGGCUCACAUUUGCUUUUGAAUGUUUGGUGACAUUUCCUUCCUGCAUUUUGCACAUCACAUGGACAAGUAAGUGAUAAUGUGGGCAGAUAGGUGGUUAUUUUAACAUCUGGAGGCAAAAGAGGGAAAUGCAGUGUAGGGGGUGGCUGAAUUAUCCAUCAGGUGAGAAAGCAGAGGUUACUGCUGUUCCUGAAGUCUGCAUGUUAUUUCUGCUUGUUUUACUCCUCUGACAUGCAGUGGACAGUGUGAAUCUCCCCUCUGCCUUGGGCUGGGUGAUUUUCAUAGCAAUUAAGAGGAAGCAGCUUUGUCUUUCAUGUUUGAUAGCGUGCAUGCACGCAUUCCCCCCUUCUUCAUCUUGCAGCCGUGGUAUCACUGACAGUACGACAGAAAGUGUUCAGCGCACAGAACUAUUAAAGACGUAGCUCAGAUGGUGCUGAUGGGAGGAUGACAUCUCCUGAAUAAUUUAUUUUAACAGGGAAGAUUUGUAACGCUUAAGUAUUAGCAGAACUCUUUGUUUUAACUCCUUCUGGGGCGGAUGCUCAUGGCUCACACGUUAGGUCAAGCAGAGGCUGGCCUGUUUGAGCACACGGUGGGCAUCUGCUGUCAGCCAGAGCACAUCCCUUGGAAUUUCCAAGCAUUUGGUCACGGUUAGUUGGAGGUCCUGCAGUUUGCACAGGAGCCUGGAGGAAGGAGAGUGCUCCGUGUGAUUGUGACCCCAAGGCUUCAGAAUGCCUAAAAAGGCAUUCUGGAGACUUGAGAGAACGUGCAAAUGGUGUGCAGGUGGGAAAAAGGGACCCGGGGUGUGAUUAGGUAACACUGAGUGCUUGCAUUCCUCAGUGCACUGCUUCUCAUUCACAGGUCUUCAGGUGUCUGAAGGCUGGGAGGUUUGGCUCUGUUCAUACAAGUUUCACUUGCAAUAUAGAGUAACUGGUUUGUGCAAGGUGACAGAGACAUCACUGAAUGUGGAUGCUAAAGGUAAGCCUUUGGGCUUUCCUUGCAGCAUCAGUCUUGGGACUGCUGUGGCUGCUAUCAGAGCAGGAGCACUUAGUGUGUAGGGUGUAGAGCUGCAGGCACAAGGCUUGCUGUGCCAGGAGGAGCUCAGCAGAGGCCCUGCCAUUGGCUCCUUGCAUACAUUCAGUGGAAGCUUUGUGCAGGGGACAUCCUUGCAUACCAGCAAACAAGCCAAGUUUCCAAGCUUAAUCUGGCAUAAAUACAGUAAUGAGGUAGAGAUCAGCUCUAGGGGUUUUAUCAGUUUUAUUCUUGGCUUCGGUGUUAAAAGGUCAAGAUCAUUUCUGUGGCCAUUGCCGAAGAGGUCUUUUCCUCCCUCCUUUGUUUAGGCACAAGGCAUUGCACACAGGGAAACAAAUGCUGCGGUCGGCCUCCUGGGAUCAGUUCCUACUGCAGUCAAAGGAAGUUCUCCACAGAAAGCAGGGCCCAGAACUGGCCCAUACAGGAUGGGCAAAGCCAUUGCUGAAGUUGCUGUGUCCUCACCCUGCGUUCCCCAGGUGGCUGCUCCCUCCCCAAAGGGGCCAGGGCUGACCCUCCAGCAGCUGUUUUCCCCUUCAGUCUCAUUGCUUUGCAAUGGCUGACACUGCUCUCCAACCUGGGGAGGUUUUUCCUCAGUUCCAAUUUUUGGGGGCAUUAGAGAUUACUUCCAAAUAUUUCAAACUCGACAGUGAUUUCCAAGAGAGCUGUAUGGCUUCCAGAGGAAACACCCUGCAUUUCUUUGGGUUUAAGAUUUCAAAUGCAUGGCUAAACUAAGCCCUAUGGCUAGGAUUGCUUCUAGGCAGAUUGCGAGCCCCUGCACAAAGGUAGAGCCUGGAAUAUGCUCACUGCAAUGACCUCUGUGUCACCAUGAAGGACAUCCUUCACCAAGCAUCUUCACAUUGGGUGGGAGAGGCUGGCAACGCUGAAGCCAUCAUUAACAAAUCUUAGCAAUCAUAGCAACAGAUUAUUUGCUAAUAAUUGUGCACAAGCACACAGAUCCCUGUCUUAAAGACUGAUCUUUCCCAUGUUUCCUGUCAUGGUUAGAGGUGGUUUUCAUGUUGUUGUGUUCCCUGCCACCUCUGUGUUUUGACUCCUUGUUUCUGAAUGUCUUCAUGUGGUGACAUUACUGCCUAAGUUAUUCAGUGCUUCUGGGAAAUGGUUGGUUGAGUAAGAGGUUUCUUGGUUUCAACCAGAAAAGAAGUACUAAAAUUGUCUUUAGAAAGUGGCUUUUAUGAAGAACGGCUCAUAUGUGCCACAAAAGCAACCAGAAAGGACUCUGGGUGAGAUUUAAAAGGACUUAUCAUACAAUCCAAUACAAACCACAUACAUCAUGCAAACGUUUGAGUUGGAAGGGACCUUUAAAGGUCAUCUGGCCCCAUUUGCUGUGAGCAAGCAGCAAGCUGUCCUGCUGGCCUUCCCCAGUUGCUGGCAGAGCAACAUUUGGUGUGAAAAGUCCUGGUUUGUGCCACCAAGGUCAGCAUGGAUGUGUCCUCUGCAGCCCCUCCAUGGAGUUCUGAGCUGGAGAGAUGCAAUGCAACUGCUGCAGAGUGCAAUGAAACAAGGCUUAGGCUGGGAAGCGAGGGGGGAUAUUGCUCUGCUGGAAAACCGUAAGGAGAGGGUUAUAAAAUUAUCAGGCCUGUAAAUUCCAGAUGUGAACCAUAUGAUUGCAAAGCCCUUCCCUCUGUCCUUGCUGAAAUCGACUCUCUGCUAAGCCUCAGCCGUGUCUGUCUGCCUCGAGAGCUCAGCUCUCCUGCCCCGUGUCGCACGCACAGUGGGUGCCUUGUGCUGGGAGUAAAAGGGCUUUUGAAAAAACAUUAUGCAACUGAUGAAGUGUUUGCUUAGGAUUAGGUGCCACAGUUAGUGUAAGCAUUAAAAGUGUCUCUGGCCACCGUCCUGCACCGCAACUGCCUCAUGUUUCCUCUCAUCUGAUCUGAAGAUGGAUGGUCAUCUGGUUGGAGUGGUUUUUGUCCCAUUCCCUGGGCAAAAAGAAAGAAAUAAAAAGAAAGAGGAAAAAAGAAAAAGAGAGACUGUAUUUUUAAAGGUGGAAAUGCAUUCAGCGCAGCAAUGCUGGGUGUUAUCAGUAUCUGAGCUGGGCUUGCUGGGAGCAUUCCCAGCACAAGUGCAAAAGAAGCAAGACUGCCUGGAAGUAGUUUGGGGUUUUGUUUUGCAGUGAGGAAGCGUCCACGUGUUUGGGGCUGGAAUGCAGCUCCAUGUGGGAGCCUUUCCACUGCUGGGCUGAGGCCUGGGGACCUGUGUUGUCUUUCAGGGAACGAUCGAGUUACACGCCUCGAGCUUUGCCAUAGUAGCAGAGGAAGGGAGAGCACAAAGGUUAUGGAAAACAAAACAUUAAUUUUCUUGACCAGCUGUGUUACAAGCGGAGCGCAGCUUAUUUAUACCCCUGGCAUACCGUCCGUAAAUCAAGCCUGCUCUCCAGCAAUGCAUUUAAUGAGAACUAUUAAAUGAUUUCAUGAUGUACUCAUCAUUACCAUCUGAUAAAAACCAGCGCUCCCUCCAAGGACCAGGACUUUCCAGUCGCAGCUUUUACACUGGUUGGAAGUAGGUUCAGGGAAACAAAGCCCUCAGCAGCGUCAGUUGUGUUCUGCAAACGUCUCCCGGGUACAUUGUGUCUGGCAGGAUUGAUCGUUCCUCAGGCCGAGCUCGGAUCCUUUCAGCUUUUAAUUAGGGAGAUGGGCUGCUGACGUGAAUAGCAGUUUGCUUUUAUAUAAUACCUUUCACGUAGAAAAUGCCCCGCUCACAUCUCGCUUCCAUCAGCCCGUGCAAAUCUCAAAAUAGAUCACUGAGGUCGGUGCUGGCCGAGCCAGGCUGGAACCCGGCCCGAGGUGCACAAAAGCAGUGGGAACUGCAGGGCGGCCAUGCACGGGCUGUGCACGCUCCUUGCUCUUGCAAACCAGGGUGUGUUUGCUGUUUGUGUGUGCAAAUCAAUCUGAUGGGACGGCUCCCCGCUUUGUGCUUCGUGCAUUACAUUACAUCCAGGCACAGCAACCCAUCCCACAGCCACCAGGAGGCCGGCGGGGCGAGGAGCCCCUUCUGCUCCUGCAUCCCACUUCCAGUGGGACAGCAGCAUCCACGGCCCUGGAUCCCAGCCAGGUUUCCAAAGGGCCAGGCUGGAGCCGAUUGCUGAGCGCAGCCCUGUAAGGACUCCUUUGUCAAGGGCAUAGUGAAGCAUUAAAAUCAUGGGGAUAGCUAAUUUAUGUGAGAAGGUUUUAUAUGAAUCAAUGGGGAGGGCAUUGUUGCCCAGAGGCUUGCCCCUCUCUGAGUGUUUAAUUGCUAAUCAGAGGCUGGGUUCAGCAGUUCCCAUUAUCUGACGCUUUCUAUCUCGGUCAAUAAAACUGGAGAGGCUCAUGCUUUGUAACAAAGAUGUUUAUCUUGCCCAGAUUUGUGGGAAGCAGCUAUCGUUUCUUGCCACAGAGCUUUAAUGCUGCAAACAGUCGUUGUGACUUAGUUUCAAGCUGUGCUUUGGAAUGGGGGCUGGGAGGAGGCUGCCUCGGGCUCCAGGCUUCCUUUGGAUUUAGACCUAUAUAGCAUCUCCCAGACUUAGGUUGGGGAAAUCGAGGUCCAAAUGUUUCCUUGCUCUCCUGCCUGUCUUCCAUUGGUAACUUUUUCCCCAUUCAAGCAACUGGCCCUGUUGUCCCACAUAGGGACAGUGGGUAUGGUGGUGUUGUGUCACCCACUGAACUUGGUGAUCCAACCUUUAUGAUUCAGUGAACUGCUGGGCAUCAGCACUCUGCAAUCAUCAGCCUCUUAUUCCUCCUGGGAAGUAAUAAGUAGUAAUGCCCACUGGGUAGGUAGCAUAAUCAUGUCAAUGAAGAGGGAAUAUGUCUGUGCAGGUGGUACUGAAUUCAGCACACCAGGAGCCCUGUGCAUUAAAAAUCCUUCUCUCAUGUACAAACUAAAAAAACAGCAGUGUGAACAUAGGAGCCUCCUACAAACAGCUCCUAGAGCCACCCUGGCGUUCCAUGUGUGGGUGCAGUUGCCCUUGCUUUGACAUCAGAGUUUCCCAGGAGCUCCAAACCACUGCUGGGUUUUUCCCCAUGAAAAUGAGUCUGUCACCUGUCACAGGUUUGGGGCUCAGUUUGCACUGCGACCAUUCUGCUAAUCCCUGGAGUAUUUUCAGAGUGGAACAUAGCAGUGGUUUGAUACAACAGGAAAUGAAAAAAAUAAAAUCAAAUUAGCACUGGAAAGCUAAUUAGGGAUAGUGUAAUUGGGGCCUACUUUUUGCAGAGGCGUUGCACUUGUCUAAGAAUGGUGUCACCUCUGCUGCCCUGUGCUGCAGCAGCACUCCAUGAUUGCAUUAGUAUUGAUUGAAGGCUUGGCUAUAUCAGCACAUUGUCCUCAGCAGAGUGGGGAAAUCAGCACGGUUUCACCAUAGUAUUUAUUACUGUCUGCUGCUAAUUACGUAACAACCCUGGCGUACUCCAAGGGCAGGUGUUGCCUGACCAACCUUGUUGCUUUUUAUGAUGGUGUAACUGCAUCAGUGGGCAAGGGAAGAGCCACUGAUGUCAUCUGUCUGGACUUCAGGGAAGGCUUUGAUGUGGUUCGCGUGACAUCCUUCUCUCCAAACUGAAAAGGUAUGGAUCUGAUGGGUGGACUGUCUGUCUGUGACACUGUGGGUGUCCCUGUUCAUUGUGGAGUCGUUUGGGCCAGAUGACUGUUCAGGGUCCCUUCCAACUCAAACAACUCUCAUGAUUCUAUGAUAUUCUGCAUAAAUGUUGACUAAACGUUUUGCAGGUCCUUCCUCAUGUUAUUUGUUUUCUUGUAAUUUCCACAUCUCGAAUAUUCUCUGAGCAUUGCUCAUUGGAUUAGCUGCGAAAGCACCACAAGUCCUAAUCUGGGGUUGGUAUGCUGACCUGUAAAAACUGCCAUAGGAUGCAAGCAGAGGCUGCAGAUUUCACAGAAUCAUAGAAACACAAGGUUGGAAAAGACCUACAAGAUCAUCCAGUCCAACCAUCCACCUACCAGCAAUAGUUCUCACUAAACCACAACCCUCAGCACAAAAUCCAGACGUUCCUGAACACCUCCAGGGUCAGUGACUCCACCACCUCCCUGGGCAGCCCAUUCAACUGCCUGAAAAAAAAUCUGAUUUAAAAUCAGAUUCCAGUGACUGAGGCAGAGACAGCUUUAAGAACUGUAAGUAGUUAAAGGCUGGAUGGAAAGUUCUUCCUCUACUGCCAUGGCAGUAGGAACUUCAUCCAAGCAUGGGUUUGAUGGAGACCAGAGAAACAACUAAGCAGAGUUAGAAAACUAUCGGAGCCCCCGGAGCCAGGAUCCAGGCAGAUGUCUUCCAAAGUCAGAGUUUAUGGAUUCCCUCUAGCAAUUAAUCCAUAGUUACACUUUGUAAUUGUAAUUUUGCAGACUAGCCCACACGUUGUAUAACCAGCAUUAAGACCGGUGGCACUACAGAGAGAGCUGCUCUCUGCCUGUUUUUACUUCAGGCCUUUUUGCCUCUUGUUCUGUAAGAUUUUAAAAUUGGCUCAUAUUAAACUGGUCUCCAGCCAACCAAUUUUUUUCUCCUGUAAAUAAUCCUUCUUCACCUUGCUGGCGCUGCAUGCUGUGAAGGACAGCAGAGGAGCCACAGUUCCCCUGGCAAUGCCAAUGGGGGACCUUUACUUGGCUUUAUUUAUUACUAAUAUUAAUGAGUCAUCAAGCCUAUGUAACUACUGACCAAAUCACAUGAGAGUCCAUAUCAAAACUGUGGCCCCGAGUACAGGGCUGUGGCAAGGCAAUACCGAAGGAGAAAUGGCGUAUAGUGUCUCUAUGCUGAAAGCAGGAUAAUUAUGAAAGCCUGAAAUACACAUUAGUCCAGAGUUUAUUUUAGAGAUGUUAAAUUGGGCGAAAAGGAGAAUAGAAGAGAUUUUUGGUAGGAAAAGUGCUGUAGUUAGGUGCAGAGCACAGAAAAAUGCUUAUGUGUAGAAGAGCCAACAGCAACCUAGCGGCCUCCUAAAUAUCAGGGAAAUCUCAGCUCAUUCACCUGGUGACUUCAGAGGGUUGUUUUAAGAUGCCUUUACUUUGUUUUUACUUCAGAUGCAGCUCUCCAUAAGUCUGAAAAUGACUCCUUGCAGCACAAUGGAAGCAAAGGGUCGUGUGGGUGGCAGCUGGGAGACGUGCAGGUUUGGAGAUCUGCAGAGCCCAUGGAUCUUAGCCUCCUUUUUGGAAGCUGAAUCAAUAUUUUGUUAGGUUUUGCAGCAGAAGUAUGCCUGGGCCAUCAGCACUUUUUCUUCCCGCUGGGUUUUUGCAGCUUCGUCUGGGUCACGUUAGUGCUCUUCUUUGAGAUUUUCUCUUUCCUAUGGCCCAUGAAAGGAUUUCACGUCUGAUUUUAUAGAGCAAUGAAGCUGGCUGGUGGAAUUUGCUAGGAGUCAGGGCUGGAAUUUGAGGGGUGGGAAGGAAAACACGUUCCUUGGAUGUCAGGUUUGUGUUGUGGGGGCAUGUGAUGCUCUUCUCAGCAGCGAUAUUUAAAAGGAAUUAGAAAGCACAAGGGGACGUAGAAGGGAGACACAGAUGUGACUGUAAGGUCAGAGGAAAUGCCUUCCCUUUGAGACUCUCAAUCUGUUUAGUUUGUUAUAAAGAAGAUGGGGAUUUGAUUACAGUGGCUAAGCACUGUCAUGGGGAGAAGAAGCAGGGAAUGGGAGGGAUCCUUAAUCCAGUGGAGAAAGGCAUUAGCACAGCCAGCAACUGGAGGUGGUAGCGAAAGAACUUAGAAAUGAGGUACAAAUGUUGGCAGGGCUUUAGCAUCAGCACACAUUGCCAAGGGCAAUGGUAAAAUCUCCAAUUGCUGAUAGGUUCUUUCUUUGUGGAAAGAGGACUGCUGGCCAACACGUGUUGUGGGACUCCACAGAGGGGUUACCAGGUGAUGUUCAUGGCAUGCAGCAGGUAGGAGGUCAGGCUGGGUGAUGUGUGUCUCCCUUCUGGCCCUAGAAGACAUCUGCAAGGGUACCAAUUAAUUAGACAGUGUGAGUGGAAGCCCAGAGAAGUUGGGGUUGCCCCAUCUCUGGAGGUGCCAAAGGCCAGGCUGGAUGGGGCAGCCUGAGCUGGUGCCUGAUUUAGUGGUCGGCACCUGUGCCCACAGCAGGGGGUUGGAACAGGAUGAUCUUUGAGGUCCCUUCCAACCCAAGCCAUCCUACAAGCCCAUGGUUAUAGAACUCUAUGAAUCUUCUGACCUCUUUCUGUUUGGGAUACCAGAUGUCACAGCCAAGAGGGAGCUCAGUGUCCAGGCUGAGCACGUCCUUGGGGCAGUGAUGGCUCUGGGCCCUCAUGCUGGCUGCUACCAGGAGCAGAGGAAGGGCCUUGGUGACCCCGGGUGUGAGCACUGGUACUCUGACAAGUGGUCCCAAUGGGGAUGGAUCAGCCCUGCAGGGGCACUCAGGACCUCCUUCAUACUGGUGCUGCUUUUCUUGACCUCACAGGAGACGCUAGACAGAGUUGCACAGGCAGUUUGGGGUCACUUAGUGCAAGCAAUAAUAAGGAGAAAUGACAUAUAUAUCUACAUAGAUAGAUAGAUACAGCCACGUAUAUUUGAUGUGGGCAUUGUUCAGUGGCAAACAAAGAGUGGCAAUGGCUACCUGCUGUCUGAAUGUGUAAUGCUGGGUCACUAUGGGGCAUCUUUAACCCAUACCAGCCAGUUAUUCCAUUCACAUGGACACAACUACAAACAUGCAGAGCACUGCCUGUGUAAUGAGCUACUCUGAGAUGCUUAAAUUCUUGUUGCCUUCUCCAAACUUUCCCAUUUCUGUGAACUCUGGACAACUCCAUGGUGCCCUUCUGCUUCCAUCCAGAGUGAAGGCAUGAAAUGGGAGCGAGGUGCACCAACAGAGCUGGGGGAAGGUUUCCCAUUAGCUGCAGGCCAUAAUUUAUGGUGGGAAAGCAACAGGCAAUUAAACCCCUUACACUGCCAAGCAUUAAUGUAUAGUGCUUUAAGUUAAAACAUUUCCUUUAAUGUUUUACUUAAUGAAGAUGAAGACUCUCUCGUUAUGAUCUAGAAAGUCCUUUCCACAUGAGGGCUUGAGUGGUCUGCUUCAGAAACACCUUUAUUUCACAUUUAUGCCCACAUACCACACAAACUAAGCCUGCAUUUCAAGCUGCUGCUUAAUGCUGACUGGGAAAAAACAGCACGAAGGAUUGAUCCGCCCUGCACGGAUUUCUCUGUGCUCUCCUGGAUGCAGUUUGAAAAGGAUUGAGGGUUGUUUUACUUUAUUUUUUUUUCUGU